AUGGAUGGACUUUCAUCUGCAACUAGCGUUAUCGCGGUCAUCCAACUAACGGGGAGUAUUGUGAAAAUUUGCGGGAGCUACAUUCAGGAAGCGAAAAAUGCUAGAGACGAAAUUCUUGAGCUACAGCAAGCGGUGACGGAUCUCGAAGGAGUCCUCCGAGAGCUGAAUGUGCUCCUCCAAAGCCCCAACGGAUCCAAGCUCUCUAGCUCUCAGACCCUCGCCAGCUCUAUUACUCGUUGCCGUUCAACCCUGGAGGCCUUGGAAGAGAUCCUUCAGCCAGGGAGACGAAAGCAGGCUAUGAGAAGACUAGGGCUUCGCGCGCUAGCCUGGCCCAUCAAACGGAAGCAGGCGAAAGGAAUCGCAUCGGAUCUUCAGGAAUAUAAAUCAACCUUCACAUUAUCCUUGCAAAUUGACCAAAUUUAG